UAUCGGGAGUAUGUUUAUCUACAAGAAGAGCACAAGCACCUGCGAGAUUUGACGUGAUUUAGAAUUGUUAUGACGACGUAUAUACAAUUUUGAUAUGGUGGCUCACCAAUAAAAAAUGAUGAAAAAUUUAUAAAAAUAAAAGAAAAUUGGUCCUCUGACAAGCUGUAAUGUCAGCUGGUGUCAUCAUGCCUACCAUCGAGGAGAGAGAAACUUUAAUGAGAGAAAAAAAUCCUAAAUACACUGGAUUUACACCGAGACCGACUGAAAAACUUGCUUCUAGGAGAAAACCUAAAUCUAUGCUUGACAUUGAAUGUAGUCACUAUCUUAGGACUGACAAUGAACAAUUUGUACAUGGUCAUCCUCAUAUGGGAUAUAAACUGUGGUUGGAAGCAGGAAAGCAUGCACCCCCAUUUCCAUUAAAUUCAGACUCAAAUUUCAACAGUAAUGUGUGGAGAAAUUUUAGGAAGGAAUAUGGGUUCCACAAUACUGCUGAAGGAAGAAAAAUUGGGGAUAUAAUAGCGACAAUGUACCCUUUAAACAUUCCUGCUCCAUCUAGGGUCGGUGCUCAUACAUUUGAUAAAUAUUUACGAGAGUCAAAAGUAUUCAGAAAUGAAAAGUUUGAGGCACUGGCAAUUAAUAGGACAAGAGCAGAUGUUAAAGAUUUUAAACGUUUACGAGUAAAAAGUGAUGCUCGAAAUCCACCAUUAGAUGAGUUAGGCAAUAUAUUACCACCAGAAAAUUUCAAGAAGUAUGAACACAGAUUUGUACCACCACCACCGGCACCACCAACGCCUCCACCAGCCAACCAGAAAAUAGAUUCAUUAGGUCAGAAAUAUGUUCCUCGGUCUGAACCAUUACUAUGGAAACUGUCUUACAAACUUAAUCAUCCAAGUUACGAUAAAGUGAAUGAAGGAAUAAAGAAACGACGUGCAUUGGAAGAAAUGGCGAGACAAAAUCACCCUGAAGGAUCACCUUUACCACAAACUUUUCCAUCUCCAAUUCCUCAAAACUUAUAGCUAAUGCAUAAGACAUGUAGCCGUCUUACGGUUUGAAAUUGCUUCAGUUCUUAACCAUGUGAACCAACAGUAAAAUUUCCUUGUCAGAUGUCCGUAGUCAGUUGUGUGAAUAAAGAUAUACAUGUAUGUUACAGGAAGGUCUCAAACAUCUCGCAAAUUUUAUGAUGGGUUCACAGACAACUUGUGAUAUAAGAACACUCGAAUUUGAUCAAAUCAAGUUUUGUUUUGGUUGAAAGCCCUUGCAUUAUGAUUUCUUAAAAGUCUAAAAUGUUCAGACAAGAUGAUGCAGUUAUAAAUCACUCUUGGUGGUGUUGAGCAGUAAAACAGUGAUUUCUUUGUUUUCAAUCAGUUUUUUUCAGCCUUCAGUAUUAUUGUUUGAUAAAUACAUAAAGAGAAAUCUACAGAGUGAAUUCAAAGCAAUUGCAUUGAAAUAUUUGCCAGUAUAAGUUCAAAAUUCACCAGCAUCAGUGAAAUAUCACUAGUGUGGGUGAAAAUCACAAGUGAGUGUGUGAUUUUAAUUUCACAAUGAUGACCAGUUGUAUCUGUUAUGAUCUUUACUGAAAUAGUUCCAAGGUAUUUGUUUCAACAAGGUCGAUCAGGAAACAUAAAUUCUACUUAGUUAAAAAAAUGACGGCAAAAUGUUCUUAAUUUAUUUGAUAGAAAAAAUAUUAUAAAUUACUUGCUGAUAUGCAUUGCAUAAUAAAUGGUCUCUUAAAUCUGAAUUCAAUGUUGUUUCAUUGGAGUCAAGGGACAUAACUAUGGUGUUUUCUUUUCAAAAUUGAAUUAUUGGUGUUAUGGAUAGUGUGUGUGAUGUACAAUGCAUUAUUUUGUUCCAAUAAUUUCAUUUUAUCAACCUUUUUGUUAUGCAAUAUGUUUUCACAUUUUGUGAUUAAUGUUUUGAAAAUUUACAGUAGUAUUUUGAGAUGUUUCACGAUGUGUAAAGUGUUUUAUUCUUAGGAAGCUGAAUGCUUUUUAUAUUUAAAAAAUAUGGAAAAACAUUUCAAAGUUAUGAUUAUACAAUGUAGUAUUAUUUUGUUAGAUUUUUAUAUCGUGUAGCAGUUCAGAAAUAUGGUCAGUUUUGUUUUAAAACACACAAUCAAUAAUAUUACAAUUUUUAAGAUCUUUUUCUAUCGUUUAACCAAAUAACCAUUAAUAUGUAUUAUCUUAUUGUACUUUCUAAAUUUUUUAUCUCAAGAGAUAAAUUAUAAAUGUCUUUUUAAGACAGAUUUAAACUGCUGAAGAUAUUCUAAAUUUUUAUAGUCCCAAGUUUUACACCUGUUAAAGACUGGAUUGAGAUAAAUUUUCUAAAUAGAUGAACAUUUGUCCUAAUUUCAAUAACUUUACUAUCAAACACUGUUGUUGCCAAAAAUGAAUCAGUAUUAAGUCUUUUAAAUGAUUAUUCUAUAUAUAUAGGUUAUUAAAAGUUGCCACUUGAACAUUAUUACAUUGUUCUCCUCAUUAUAUUUUCAAAUAGUAACAUGGGAUUUGAAAUCACAUUAUUUCAAUAAAAUUAUAGCUUCAAAUUUUAAAUACAUUCUAUUAUAAAAUCGAUUCAGAUAGCAAUCUGAUAGACAAAAUUGCACCAUGGUAGAAAAAAAUAGCACCAUGGUAAAAAAAAGUAGCACCAUGGUACUACAUGAUAUAGGGAGAACACUGAUUAUAAAAUCAGCACCCCAUAAUAUUUUAAAGGGGGAAAAAUCAGAUACAUAGCAUAAAGUAUUGCAUGUCAUCAAUACAUUUUAUUUUCCCCCAGUAAUUACUGCAAUAGUUGUUGUUUUUGUUGUUGUUUGCUUAAAAAUGAUUGAAUUGUUCUUUCAGAUGUUUUUUGUUAUGAUUGUAUUUUUCACAAGAUUGUUAAAGAGUGUGUUAAACUAUAUAUAUUUUUGUAUGUUUUUAAUUUCCUCAUUUUUGAAUAAAAUUUAUAGUGCUUUUAGAAAGUAUACUGCUGAUAUGAAUAAACUGUGAUAAAUCACUAUUUGAUUGUAUCAUAAAUUUGAAAUAGAAAAAUUUUAUUAGAUGGUUGAAAAUUUGUCAACUUUUUUAGAUUGCUUUUUUUCCUGUGAAACAUACAGUUUAAGCAAGGAUUUGUAUAGUAUACAAAUCCUUGGUUUAAGUUAUAAACAAAAUGCUGCAUUAUAAAAAAAAACCAUGUACACUUCAAAAAGAAUAAGGAUAAAAAUAACAACCAUACAAAUUUAUUAAAUUGGUUUUCAUCAAUUAUUUGAAAUCUCAUAUUCCAAAAUUAAACAAUAAAGUAGAUGAGUUAUCUCCCAUUUUUAGAAGUUCUGUAUUAGGAUUGGACAAUAUUUUGUUUUUCAUAUUUAUAAUUUGGUAAACUGAGAAUAUAACUCUCAAUGUUUUAGAAAUUUUGAUUUAAAAGAGCGAUUGUUUAUAAAUUAAAAUAAUGUUUCAAUUGGUGUCAUUUCAAAUCAUUGGAACUGAAAAAUUUAUUUUCAAUUGUAUUGAAUUUCAGACAAAAACCAUUUUUACACUGGUAUUUAUAUUUUGUUCAACAAUAUAUCACCUGCUGCUUUAUGAAGAGAAACACUAUAUGUAUAAACUGUAUGUAAGAGUAAUAUUGUAUAGAUCAUUAAUAUGUGUGUAUUGCUCAGUAAACGGAGGUUAUUAACUAGUCUAUUAACUAUGUGAUUGUUUUCAUCAUUGGUAAUCUUAUGUUAUACAUGAAGGUACACACUAAUCAUACUGGCUUUAAAUGUAAACAACCUAGCAUUAGUAAAAUGGAAGUUACUUAUAAUAGUUAAAAUGGAGACAAUCUGUCAUAGAUAUAAACAAAUAGAGUACUCAUUUCAAUCAUUGUUAAACAGUUAGUCUUCAGUAGAUGUGACAAAUCAGCAGGCAUGAAGGGCCACACACUGCUGACUGACUGGCCUUAUGUUAUAUAUAUUUACAAGCCAAUAACUGACAUUUAGGUUAACAUGGACCAUUGAUUAGAUUGUAUCCUUUACAUGAAUAUAGAUUCCAGUCCUUUUUUUUUUUUGCUGUUAUUGUUUUUGACAUAUUUAUAUUUUUACCUCAUAUUUUAACAUUCCUAUUCAUAUACAUUGUACUGCUGAAUAAACUAUUUUCUGUAUUUUA